CCACCAAACACACGACAGUCACAAAUUCGUAGCUUGACCGUGAACGCCGCGUACAACAGCAGCAUUCCACGCGAUUACACUCGCGGUCGAGCGAAAGUAGGAAGCCCCACACGUCGAUGCAGUCGCCGAUUGCCGAUUUACAUAAAUAAACAAAUGUUACAAUCAAUUAAUUAACGACCGUGCCGAUGCGAAUUGAAUUUUAACCGGUUCGGCGUUAGACUCGAAAACCUGUCACCCAAAUUGAUUGAUUGACGUGCGCGCCGAUUGUUGCUUCAUGCAUGAAUAAAAAGUGAUUAAAGAAAGAAAAUUACGGCAGUGCAAUGGUGCAAGAUACGAGGAAAACGAAGCAAUUCGAGCACGACGUGGAAAAGAAGCGCGAUGAUGAAAUUGUUUACAGAGGACCCACGUUCGGCGCGCGGCAUGUCCAAGUGGUCCUUCUGUUCUUCCUGGUGGGCAUCGCGUAUUUUCUCAGGGUGAAUUUAUCGGUCGGCAUCGUCGCCAUGACAGAUCCCACGGUUAAUCCAGGAAUCACGACAUACGACUGGUCCGACAAGAGUGUGAUCCUUUCGUCCUUCUUUUGGGGGUACGUUUUGCCACAGGUUGGCGCUGGUCAGAUGGCGAAGAAUUGGGGGGCCCGAUGGGUGCUCAUCUGCGCCAUGAGCAUCUGUUCCCUUUUCACAGUCCUGAUUCCCAUUAUGGCUCCACUGGGAUCCUACGGUGUGAUGAUUUGUCGAGUCUUUCAAGGUUUCUCCCAGGGAUUUUUCUAUCCCUGUAUACACAAUCUGCUCAGUAAAUGGGUACCGGAAGGCGAGCGCACGCGGAUGGGCACAUUUGUAUACGCGGGUGGACCAUUCGGGACUGUAUUAGCUAUGCCGGUCACCGGGUGGAUUUGUGCCAGUAGUCUUGGCUGGCCAUCGGUGUUCUAUAUAUUCGGCGGGGUGGGUUUUGGGUGGGUUGUCGUCUACGCGUUCCUAGGUACCAAUAGUGUGUUCGAUCACAAGACGAUCUCGGAGGAGGAGAGGGAGUAUAUUAAGAUGUCACUUGGUCAUGGCGACAAAGAUGAUCAUCACGAAGCAGCUACUCCGUGGAAAGAAAUCUUUAGGUCGAUGCCGGUGUGGUCCAUUAUGAUCGCGCAUUGUGGUCAAAACUGGGGCUUUUGGACUCUGCUUACGGAAAUUCCAAUUUAUAUGAAUGGUGUUUUGAAUUUCGAUAUCAAAGAGAAUGGAUUAUUAUCAGCUUUGCCCUAUUUCGUGCUUUGGGUGUUGAGUUUCUUCUUCGGCGGGAUCUCAGAUUUCCUCAUCAAUAGAAAAACAAUAACCGUCGGGUUUUCAAGGAAAAUUAAUACCGUAAUCGGCAUGCUGGUACCAGCACUUGCGUUGACAACCUUGGGCCUUACAAGGACCACCGACUCGAAGGUAGCCAUCGCGCUUCUUGUCGUCGCGGUGGGUGUCAAUGCGGCUACGUACAGUGGCUACCAGGUUAAUCACAUAGACUUAUCAGCGCGGCAUGCGGGUACCCUGAUGGGUCUCACCAACGGGGCGGCCAAUGUGUUCUCCAUUAUUGCGCCCCUCGCUGUUCAGCUAGUAGUAACCGAUGAGACGAAGGUAUCCCAAUGGGAAAUCGUUUUCUACGUCGCAGCUGCAAUUUACAUAAUUUGCGCGGCAUACUACUGUUAUUACGGUUCGGGCAAUCGUCAACCCUGGGACGCAGAGCCCAAUAAAGACACCAAAGUUUCAGAUACAAAAUGAGUCUGCCCAGGUCGGGCACAUACUACACACGACAAGAAACAAAAUACAGUAAAGGGACGAGGCGUACCUCAGAUUACUAAAUUAACAAUUAAUUUAUAUUUGACAAUAUAUGAACCCAGUAUUCUUUUGUAUCUCGUCAAUUCAAUACACGCUGUUCGUAGGUUGUUGGUCAUCUAUGUUUCUUGUCGCCUAAUCUGUGAUGUGAUGCUUCAAAGCAUAUUUGAUGCAUUUGUACAUUAAACAUGCAUGUAAGUAGAAAAUGUGUACUGUUAUCGGAUGACGAGCUGAUAACAAAGUGAUAAUUUCGAAAUCAAAGUCGAAAAAAACAAGCCCUACCAAAAGAUUGAAUCUUAGGAUACGGUCCAUGUAAAAAACAACCGUCUGUAAAUGUAUACAUUGUAAAUAUGUCAGUAAACAAUGUUGUUCAUAA